GUAAGGCGCCUCCAGAAGGAGCUCCUCGACCUUUCUCGAGACCCCCCAAAGCUCUGCUCCGUAGGUCCCGUGGAAGGCGACAUGUUCCACUGGAAGGGAUAUAUAAUAGGGCCCAAGGACAGCCCCUACCAGGGAGGAGCCUUCUUCCUCACUAUCCGAUUCCCGUGGGAGUACCCCUUCAAACCACCCAAGGUCCUAUUUAAAACCCAAAUUUACCAUCCCAGCAUAAAUCAGAAAGGAUGUGUGGGUCUGGCCAUCCUUAAUUCCCAGUGGUCACCAGCACACACAGUUUCCAAAAUAUUGCUGUCUAUCAGCUCCAUGCUGUGUGAUCCCAGCCCACACAAUAUCCUGGUUCCAGAAAUUUGGAAGACGUACAUCAAUGAUAAGCCAAAGUAUGAUGCCAUGGCUCGAGCAUGGACGAAGAAAUACGCCAUGUAA